AUGGCAUCAGUUGAACAUUCUAUUGAACGAAAAGCAAUCGAUGUUUCUGGUCGAUUGGGAUCAUUUUAUGAUCAAUCAUCUGAUGCUUUCGUUGGUUAUUGUUCUGUUCAAAACUUAGAAAAUUCAAAAGAUUCUAUAGACUCGGCAUGUCAAAUAUUUCGAGGUACACAUAUAAACAACGCCAUAGAUGUUCUGAAAGCAAUAAAAUUUCAUGACGCACUAUUGCAAAGUAUUCUUUUUGGUUUGGUUAAACCAUCAGGAAUUAGUUCUGUUAUUAAUUAUAAUGGACCAAUUGAUGAAUACACACUUUUUCUAUAUGAUACAUAUAAACAUAGAGAAGAGAAGCUAGGUGCUAUUACAGAUAGAAAAGCACACAGAACCAUUUCACCUCCAUCUGAUUUAAACAAUGCAACUCAUAUGGUUACUGAAAUAACAUGGGGUUUCGAAAUCUUAUGCAUUAUACAAGUUUUGAGGACUGAAUCUGUUGAUCAAAUCGAAAAUUUACUCUAUAAAAUAUGGAAUCAACCUUUCGAUCUCGACAAACGAUCUGAACUCAUCAAUAAUGAAAAACAUGAAAUCAAUAAACUAUCUAAUGUGGCUAUAUUUGGUUCUGAAACAUGUACCAAGAAUUCGAAUACAUUAUCGCUCUUAACUGUUCUCGAUCAAUUAAAAAAAUGGCAGGACAAUAAGAAUUUUCAUGUUCCGCUUCUUUAUAGAAUGCAUUCACUAGAAUAUCUCUUUAAAAACCAAUCAUUAUCCAAACCAUAUUUUCUGUCAAAUGAUGAUAGCUCUAAAAUUGAACAAAUUGGAAUUAUGAUAAUUCAGUUAGAUAAUCGAUUGAAGAAACUUCAACAAUUAUUCAAAAAUCGUUUCAACGACUGUGACAAUCUUAUAUCCGAUCUAUGGCCACACGAUAUACCAGAUCGACUUGGUAUCUUGCUCAGCCAAUAUGACGAAUAUCGGACAAAACUUGGAAAUAUACUAGUUGAUGUUCGUCGAGGUAAAGGUAAAUCGAUGGAUAUGACCAAUAUGAUAUCAGACCAACGCUAUUCAUCAUUGAAGAAAUCUGCUAUUGAUAAUUUUCAUAAAGAUGUAGAACAGUGAGAUUUACCAAUACAACCAUUAUCAAACUCUCCACGUAAGAAUCCUAGAGCACAUCCUUUACCACCAAUUCCACAAGACAAAACACCAUUAACAUCUUCACCUCAAGCAGAAACAAAACCAUCACGAGUAACUGAAUUCAAUGUAUUACUUAUGGGUGAAACAGGAGUUGGUAAAUCAACUUUUAUAAAUGCUUUCGUUAAUUACUUAGUAUUCGAUACUCUUGAACAAGCUGAAAAAAAUGAAUCAAUUGUACUAAUUCCAGUCUCAUUUCUUGUUACAACUGGUGAUCAAUUUAAUGAAUUCAUGGUUAAAUUUGGUGAUGUUGAUUCCAAUGAAAAUCAUGAACAUCAAGGUCAAUCAGUAACACAACAAUGUAAAUCAUAUGUAUUUGACUUAAAUGAGACAACACGUUUACGUUUAAUUGAUACACCAGGUAUGGGUGAUACACGUGGUCUUGUUCAAGAUGAAAAGAAUCUUGAUCAUAUAUUAACAUAUGUUAAUAAUUUAUCACAUUUAAAUGCUAUUUGUUUAUUAUUCAAACCAAAUAAUUCUCAAUUGAAUAUAUUUUUUCGUACGUGUGUUAAACAAGUGUUAACUUAUUUAACACCAAUUUUUUAUAAGAAUGUUAUUUUCUGUUUUACGAAUGCUCGAUCAACAUUUUUUGCACCUGGUAAUACUGGUCUAUUACUUCGACAAAUGAUGGAAAAAGAAUAUCAGAAUGAGAUUCCAUUUCAAAAGAAAAACACAUUUUGUUUUGAUAGUGAAUCAUUUCGAUAUUUAGCAGCUAGAAAAUGUCAUGUUAAUUUUGACGAAUUUGUAAUACAAGAAUCUAUCAGCAGUUGGACAACAUCAGUGACUGAAUCUAUACGUUUACUUCGAUGUAUUCGAAAGUACGAACCAUAUUAUUUAAAUGAUUGGCAAUCAAUAGGAAAAGCUGUACUUGAAAUCACAAUGCUUUCACGACCUCUUAUGGAAACAUUACGUUCAAUACUUUACAAUUGGAAAUUACGCGAGACAGGAAUAGUUAAUCAUAGAAUGAUAUUAAAUUCAAAUUUUCUUGGAAGUACAUUGUGUUCCAAUUGUGUAGAAAAAAAAUUAAAGUUUGAAAAUAGAUCAAAUUUUCCAAUUUAA